CCGAACGAAUACCGCUGAUAAUUGGAAAGAAGCAGAUCAAAAUUUUUAUGAAAGUUCAAAAGUUUGUUGCAAUAGCAGGAUUAAGCCGUCUUUCUUGGUCAACGGUCUAUAAACAAUUGACGGCUGUCAUCGAUGGUUUGAAAUUAGAAAACUAUCAAACUACCUCAAAUAAAUCAAAGAUGUCACUACAGCGCUUGACAGCGCUCCGAGCGCUGAUGGCGAGCCAGCCGACGGCGCUGGCUGCGUACAUCGUGCCCACUGCCGACGCACACAACUCGGAGUAUAUAGCCCCGGUUGACGCCAGGCGGGAGUGGUUAUCAGGGUUUACGGGGUCAGCGGGGAUCGCCAUCGUGACGUCGGCGAAGGCUCUCGUCUGGACUGAUGGGAGGUACUACACGCAAUUCCAGAACGAAGUUGAUAUGAAUGUAUGGACGCUUAUGAAACAAUCACUACCGGAAACACCGUCUAUGGACAAGUGGUUAACGAGUAACCUCGUAUCCGGUUCUGUGGUGGGAGUCGAUCCUCACACGAUGACCAGGGAGGAUUGGACGCCUCUACAGACGGCUCUAUCGAAGGCGAAGGUGCAAUUAAUGGCUGUUGAUAAAAAUCUAGUCGAUCUGGCGCGAUUCCAGUUGAAGGAUUUCCCGCCGGAGCGACCGCAUAAUAAUAUUAUGCAUCUGCCGAUCGAGUAUACUGGAAAAACGGCUGGUCAGAAGAUAAAGGAGCUGAGAGACAAAAUGGCCGAGAAGAAUGCCUCCGCUCUCGUCAUAACAGCGUUGGAUGAGGUCGCAUAUACACUUAACCUCCGGGGUAGUGAUAUUAAUUACAACCCCGUGUUCUUCUCGUACCUCGUCAUAACCCCCACGUCGGUGGUGCUGUUCUGGGACGAGGGCAAGAUACCACAGGAUAUACGCGAUAUACUGGUGGAAGAGGGCGUUGAUUUGGAGGGGAGGCCGUACGAGGAAAUCACUGAUGCUUUGAAAAAAAUAGCAAGGGAGCUGUCGGAAAAUGGUGAUAGGGAACAUUCGAUAUGGUUGUCCAGUGAAGCGAGCGAGGCGAUACAUCGAGCGGCUUCUGGGGAAGGUGAUUUGAAGAAACCGCUGAAUUUGGUCUCCGAAAUGUCACCGGUCGCGUUGGCUAAGUUAGUCAAGAACUCAGUGGAGUUGGAGGGUUUCCGUCAAUGUCAUAUAAGAGACGGCGUAGCGGUGGUGCGUUUCUUCAAGUGGCUGCACGACCAGAUUGACGGUGGUACCGCCGUCACCGAGGUGCAGGCUGCUGAUAAGCUACUGGAAUUUAGAAAGGAAGAGAAGUAUUUCAUGGGACCAUCGUUCGAAACGAUACCAGGAGCUGGUGAAAACGGAGCCAUCAUACACUACAGCCCCUCCCAUGACGGUCCUCAGAGGAAGAUCCGAGCCAGCGAUAUGUUUUUGCUGGAUUCCGGUGGACAGUACAUGGAUGGUACAACGGAUAUAACACGUACGAGACACAUGGGCGAACCCACCCUCGCACAGAAGGACUCGUUCACGCGUGUCCUCAAGGGUCAGAUCGGAGUUGGAUCAGCUCUCUUCCCUAAAGGUGUCAAGGGUAACGUGCUGGACACUCUCGCCCGCAAGUCCCUCUGGGACUCCGGGCUGGACUACGCGCACGGGACCGGCCACGGCGUGGGGCACUUCCUGAACGUGCACGAGGGGCCCGCCGGGGUGUCCUGGCGGCCCUACCCGCACGACCCCGGCCUGGUGCCCGGCCAGAUACUUAGCAACGAACCUGGUUACUACAAGGUCGGUGAAUACGGUAUAAGGCAUGAGGACUUGGUGGAGGUCAUAUCCGUCACAAAUGAAACCGAUCAUCCCAGGGCAUCAAAACUAGCUGGUGAUUUCGAAGGUCGCGGAGUUUUAGGGUUCAACACCUUGACCCUGGUGCCCAACCAACGGAAGUGCUUGAAAAUCGACCUGCUGGAUGAUUUUGAGAUAGAAUACAUAAACGCGUACCACGCGAGAGUGUUCAAAGUUCUCGGAGAUAUUUUGAAGAAUCGCGGAUUGGAAAAUGAUUACCUGUGGUUGGAGAACGAGUGUAAGCCGAUAUCGAGGUCUUGAAGACGAUUCAUACCGGAAAUGCAUUUUUUUAAGAAAUUAUAUAGGCUCAUUGUAUUUUAAUCGUAUAAUAAAAUAUGUUACUGGCA